AUGAAGAUCAAUUUGAUCUCUCUCGUGGCCCUGGCUGCAGUCACUUCUGCCCGCUCUAUCGGCAAUACGCAGUCAUGGAGCGAGCUGCGCAAGAACAUCAAACACGUCGUCUACCUCACGCUGGAGAACCACUCCUUCGACAACAUCGCCGGCUACUGGAACUUCCGCGAUGACAUUGACAACCUGAUCAACAAGCCGCACUGCAACGAGUACACCAAUGCCAACUGGACGGUGUGGGGCGAGCCGCUUCAGAUCUGUUCCACGCCCUUUGAGUCCGAAGUGCCGCUGCUAGACCCGGACCACAACUUUGCCGGCGUCACCUACGAGAUCUUCCGCAAGUGGGACGCAGACAACAACGAUGUGCCCAACAUGGGCGGCUUUGUCGAGCGCCAGUCCGAGAAGUACAGCGCCACGCCCGGUGAUGCCUCCUUCGUUAUCAAGGCCUACAACCAGGAGAAGACCGCCCUGCUCGCAGAGAUUGCGCAGAACUUUGUCUUCUUUGACUCGUACUAUGCCGAGCACCCCGGUCCCACGAAUACAAAUCGCCAGUUUGCUACCUCCGGCUCGACCUGUGGUAUGGUUGAUAACACCGACCAGGCUGCGGGCUUCUUUGCCAAUGUGACCGGCACGACCUGCGCUACUUCAAUCUUUGAGUCGCUUAGCAAGAAGGGAAUUAGCUGGAAGAAUUACUAUGAGACCGAUAUCAUAGAUGCUUGGAUAUACAAGUGGGUGCAAGACAAUGCAAUGGGCAACCUUGCCCACGCAGACCAAUUCUACAAGGACCUCGAGGAAGGCACCCUGCCGACGUUCUCCUAUAUCAACCCGGAAUGUUGCAGCAUUGAUUCAAUGCACCCGACUAGCCCCACGGCGGCCGGUGAGCAGAUGGUCAAGCAUUUGUACGAUGCGUUGCGCAAGUCCCAGUAUUGGGACAAUGUCUUAUUGAUCGUGAACUUUGAUGAGCAUGGUGGUUUUGCGGACCACGUCCCCCCGCCGAUGAACGUGCCCGCACCCGAAGACGGCAUCACGUUCAACGGCGAAUCCGAAGGCCACAACGUGACCUACGACUUCACCCGCCUCGGCAUCCGCGUCCCGGCAUUCCUUAUCUCCCCCUUUGUCCCGGCGAACCACCUCAUUCACGACGAGGGCACCAUGUACGCCAAGAACUCCGCUUACACGCACACCUCCAUGCUGCAUUUCCUGCAGGAGCUGUGGGAGCUCGAGGGCCUCAACAACCGCGUGCAGUGGGCCAAGACUUUCGAGGAUGUGUUCCUCAGCGAGCGCCGUGAUGAUACGCCUACUACGCUGACCACCCCGACUUGGCAGGGUGGUCCUGGACAGCCAGAGCCUAGUGUGUUUUAUAAGCUGAAUCAGGAUUAUUCUUACUAUGCGGAGCUGUGA